CAAAGUUGAGCUCCCAAGCAAAUGCACGCUAUCCGGCUAGCAACAGCGACGUGUGCCUAGCUACGGACCAAGUAGAAAUAUCUUGAGUGCGCGUUCUGCCUCCUCUUUGAUAAGCGAGUGUGUAGGUUCAGAUCCUGCUCAGCGUUCCCGUCGUCCCAUUGUCCCUCCAGCCUCUUCCUCAGCAGCAGAACAUCCUAAGCACCGAAGACGACCGAACAGCAGCAUCCCGAUACCGGACACUUCGCUGGCGUAGCCCAGUAUGACUUCUUCCACGGCAGACAAUGUCAAGGAGUCUGCAAAGGACAAGGCGGCUGAGUUGAAGCAAAGGAUCCCGUCCGCCGAUCAGAUCAAAGACACGGCACAACAGACUCUCCAAGAUGCCAAACAGGCAGUUCCCACAUCGAAGGAAGAGCUCAAGGAAAUAGCAGAGGAGACAGGGAAACGUGCAUACCAGAGCUUGCGAGACCUGAUAGCAGGAGGAGUAGGAGGAGUCUGUGCAGUCGUUGUCGGGCAUCCUUUCGAUCUGGUCAAGGUGCGAUUACAGACAGCUGAGAAGGGCGUCUACAAUGGAGCAAUGGACGUGGUGCGGAAGACAAUUGCACGAGAAGGUCCCGUGCGAGGGCUCUACGCCGGUGUCUCUGCACCGCUCGUAGGUGUAACACCCAUGUUCGCCGUAAACUUCUGGGCCUACGGCGUAGGAAAACAACUCGUCGACCGCUUCUCCACAGUCGAAAAUGGCCAAUACUCCGUCGGCCAAGUCUGCGCCGCAGGUUUCUUCUCCGCCAUCCCCAUGACAGCCAUCACCGCGCCCUUCGAACGCGUAAAAAUCAUCCUCCAAAUCCAAGGCCAAAAAGAGCUCAAACCAGGCGAGAAACCGCGCUACAGCGGCGGCGGAGACGUCGUCAGACAAUUAUACAAAGAAGGUGGAAUCCGCUCUGUUUACCGCGGUAGCGUCAUGACUCUCGCUCGUGAUGGACCGGGUUCGGCGGCAUAUUUCGCGACGUAUGAGAUUUUGAAGAAGAAUUUGACGCCUAAGGAUCCGGUUACGGGGAAGCCCGGGCAGAUGAGUUUGACGGCUAUUAUGGCUGCUGGUGGAGCUGCUGGCGUGGCUAUGUGGACGGCUGUGUUUCCUGUUGAUACGAUCAAGUCGAAAUUGCAGAGUGCGGAUAAGGCGCAGACGAUUACGGCGUGCGUGAAGGAGAUUUAUGGGAAAGGUGGUGUGAAGGCUUUCUUCCCUGGGUUGGGUCCUGCGAUGGCGAGAGCGGUGCCUGCGAAUGCGGCGACGUUUUUGGGUGUGGAAUUGGCACAUGCAGCCAUGAAUAAGGUCUUCUAGGGAAGAGACGCACGAUGCGGGAGAAGGCGUGGUUGGCAUAAGAAUGGGUCUGGGAGGAUGGCUUGCGUUUGCUACGCGUGGCUCGACGCCUCUUCUUCACGCGAGAUGGCAAUGGAUCGAAGGAAAUCUUCCUGUGUGACACAGCGUCAACGUGGCCGAGGCGACUGUCCGCCGUUCCGGUCGGCAAGCAAGCGUCUCCGGGGAACGGCAUUUGUCCUCAUCUGCAGCUAUGCGCAACAUGCGAUAGAUCAAUGCCAGGGACGAAAGAUGAAUCAUAGACUCUGGCGUCGACAUGGCUCGACACGUGAUAGAGAAGAAAUGAAUGCACGAGAUGAAGUGG